GAAGAACACCGACCGGAAGCCAGGGCGCGAAGCUUCUUCCGCUUAGACUUCGACAUUGAUUCCUCGCAUUACGUCGGGAGAUGAGCCUUCUGGGGGGCCGCAGUGGGCGCGCGCGGGUCCCGCUGGACCCCUGAGGUGGACCCCGGUUCGGCGGGGGGAGGGGAGAGGCCAGGCACGCGCGGGUCCGCGGCCGCCUGCUCGCCGAUUGGCUGAAAGACCUGUCUCUGAGGAGGACCCGCUGGAGGUUCUAGAUUCUGGCAGCGACCCGGAACGGGAAGGAGCUGCUGGUUCUGAGGAUGCUGAACCAUCACUGCAGAGGCGGCGUGGACCUCCGGGAUGAGCUGCAGAUCCAGGCAGCGGUGGCUGCAGGAGACGUCUGCACCGUCAGGAGGAUGCUGGAGCAGGGCUACUCCCCCAGGAUACGGGACGCCAACGGCUGGACGCUGCUGCACUUCUCUGCUGCCAAAGGAAAGGAGAGAUGCGUUCGGGUGUUCCUGGAACACGGAGCUGACCCCACAGUGAAGGACUUGAUUGGCGGCUUCACGGCCCUUCACUACGCCGCCAUGCACGGCCGCGCUCGCAUCGCUCGCCUCAUGCUGGAGUCGGACUUUUAUCCCGACAUCAUCAACGCAAAGAGCAACGACGGCUGGACGCCGCUUCACGUGGCGGCUCAUUAUGGGCGGGACUCCUUCGUGCGCCUCCUCCUGGAGUUCCGGGCUGAGGUGGACCCACUGAGCGACAAAGGGACCACGCCGCUGCAGCUCGCCAUCAUCCGAGAAUGCUCCAGCUGCGUGCGCAUCCUGCUGGACCACAGCGCCAACAUCGACAUCCAGAACGGCUUCCUGCUGCGCUACGCCGUCAUCAAGGGCAACCACUCGUACUGCCGCAUGUUUCUGCAGAGGGGGGCCGACACCAACCUGGGCCGGCAGGAGGACGGCCAGACCCCCCUGCACCUGUCGGCGCUGAGGGACGACGUUCUGUGCGCUCAGAUGCUCUAUGUGUACGGCGCCAACACCAACACCAGGAACUAUGAGGGCCAAACUCCAGCCGCCGUGUCCGCCACCAUGUCCGCCAUCAGCCGGCCCUGCCUGGACUUCCUGCUGGAGGUCACACGACAACCUCGGAGUCUUCAGGAUUUGUGUCGGAUAGAAAUCCGGCACCGCAUCGGGCUUCAGAGCCUGAAGUCGCUGGAGGAUCUUCCCAUUGCCAAAGUUAUGAAAGACUAUUUACAGCACAAGUUUGAAAGUUAAUGAAGUUUUAGAGAGGAGCUGCAGCUCUGAACGACUGCGCAGCUGAGGCUCUGAACGACUGCGCAGCUGCAGCGGUGUUUCCCCUCCUCCUGCCGUCUUAUUUAUUCGCGUGGGCUGCCCAUGCCUGCUGGAUGUUCAGGCCUCCUCCUCUGCAGAGGCAGACUCCUCAUGCUGGUUUUUUGGUCUCAGCUCCGGGUUACUGCUGGGUUCAGGUUCAGUGUGAAGAAUGAAUCUGGGUCAGAUUGACCUCAUUUUCUCUGCGUUUGUACAAAAGAGAAGUUUUUUCUGAAUAAAGGUGAUUUUUUAAUGGUU